UGGAGCAGGAGCAUGGUGCAGACACGCUCACCACGUUGCGAUCACAUGCUAUACACGCGAAGCGGCAUUUAAACGAGUGCUGCAGCUCUUAUCAUUUCCCCAUCAUCCACAGACUACAACGACGCUCUCAGCUCGAUAUGCACAUUUCCAGGGCAUUAGUGUUAGUUGGUCCGCUGGAGGACCACGAGACGGGCUUUGUGAAGCUCCACCAAUGUCUCUGGGGCAAGGGUGGUUCUAUGGACGCAGAACUCUUUUCCGAGAGGCCAGUCGUAUCGACCGUUGGGUCUGAUUUCAUACACGACAUGAAUAAUCCACCUUUACGAGUGUUGACACUUCCGGAACUUUCGAUUCAGCCACAAGCGAUGCUUGUUAGAGAGGAAUAUGAAGAGGCGUUGCGGUACUUCGAUCUGCGCUACUCGAGUAAUCCGUCAGGCGGGGUGCUCAUCACAGGCCAUCCUGGUAUCGGCAAGUCAAUCUUCUUGCGAUACAUUCUCGUCAUGAGAAUCCUACGAGGCGAGCCCACCUUAUACCAGCAUCAACCGGACUCCAUGUUCCUGUUCCACGCCAAAGGUGUCUUCCGUCUACCGACGGACAGGUUGGAAGCAGUGUCGCGGGCUGCUCACCUUGAACAAUUCUCAGACGCUUUCGCCCUCGUCGACGUCGGCGACGAGUUAGAGGAGCCAGCGAAGAACCUUCUUUCACAGUGGUCUCCUUUCUUUCUCGUCGCAGCGGUACUUCCAAGAACAGGCGAGCGGCCGUGGAUGAGGAUCAGAAAGAUGAAGCAGUUUGUUAUGAAUGCUUGGUCGUGGCCAGAAAUCGUUAUUGGCAAUACCUUGCAGCGGCGCGAGCUGUCCGAAUCUGUUUUGUUCGACGUUUUUACCAAAUUUGGACCCGUCCCUCGUGUCUGCUAUCAGUUUGCAGAAGGUCGAUUCCUUGACGAGGACAUGGAGGACUGGAACAAGAGGGUAGUCGCACUCUGUAAAAGCAUUCCAUCCGGGUGGAACUCGCCGACAAACGUACUGGCGCUGGCGGCCCACCCGGAUUUCGACAAGGUCUUCCUUCUCAGGCCGCAUGACUCUGAUCGUCGACAAGAGGUUUAUGAUGUUAUCAGUCGUCACAUCGGCAGACUCAUACUGGACAUGCACAUACAGCUCCAUGGAGCCCAGACCUCUAAGCUAUACGACCUGUUGCACGAUGGCGGACAGUCUCCCAAUCUAGCGGCCGCAGUUCUUUUCGAGCAUUUCUUGUGCAGUUCGCCGACCCGGUGCAUCGAAGGACGGAAAAUCCAAGUAUAUCGCAAGAUCAGAUACUCCUUUGACGAAAACGUCGUUGCUGGGUCGGCGACGACGAUAAUGCAAUACGUGGACAAACUUCCGCGCCGCUACGAUGCAUUCACCAGCCUGAGUGCCGACAGCGGAGAGAUUUUAUGGCUACCAAAUUCUCCGGCCUUCGAUGCAUUCUCGGUCUUCUUCCGUUCAAGGGAAGGGUAUCGGACUCCCCACAAACAUCUUGGCGGACUAUCCGCAGUGAUCCUGAUCGCCACUUUUGCUCGCCGGCACCGCAUACCGACCAGGGCCCUUGAAGCCCUAGCGUCCCGUUUUCCCGAGGAUCGUCAGCCAACCACGGACUGUCCUUGGUCUAUUGUGUUCAUCGUCCCGGAAGGACAGAAGUUAGAGUGCUGGGUUGACAGUGAACUAUGGGCAGACAAGCUGGAGGUGGUACUUUGCCGGAUGGUCGUGACUGAUGAUCGUCUCAAGAAGAAACUCUAAUAUUUUCUCUCCCCUUUUUCGCUGCUGUUUGUCUGCUGACAGUACUUUGCAUACAUUGUGAUGUACAUCAACUCACCAAGUGAUACUACUUAGGUUUGACAUUUGUACAGCCCCCACUAAUAUCUCCAAGGCACACUUUGCCGAUCGAGGCAGUCGAUAUGCAUCGGCCAAAGCCGCACAGCAAGUCGCAGCCUGGCGAGGUCCCGCUCUCCAUUUCGAAGCGGGAGUACUUCGCCGACCCGAACGCUUGAUCGCUUUCGACCAUGGAGCGUAGGUAUAUAUCGCAUUGUGAGUGGAAGUAAUGCAUCCUUGUAGCAUGUCGACGGCAAGCAUUGGGCAUUGCCUGACAGACACAUAUGCAGAGGAGGCAGCCCUUUUGCCGCCACAGUAGGUAAACAUUGAAAAUUGUGC